AUGGUUGAUACCCUGCGCCUGGGGGAAGUAGCGCCAGCUUGUUGGGUCAGGGGAGCGGGUGAUGGGCUGGAAGAGGGUAUAAGUCGAGCCCACUUGAGCUUGUGCUGCAGCCACGGAGCAUUUCAGUCCUCGCACUCCAUGGCCCUUCGAGCGCGAACAGGGACGGGAGGCUCGAGGAGCGUAUCAGGGAGGACACGGAGGACGCGGCUCAGCGACCUGGUGCCGCCAGCACAUGGUGUGGAGGAGGUGACUGAGGUCCCUCCGGUGGCUCUUCACGCACACCCGGGAACUGGGGAACAGAAAGUCACGGUGAAGGUGGUAGCUGCCAACGACCUCAAGUGGCAGACUUCUGGCAUCUUCCGUCCCUUCAUCGAGGUCAACAUUGUUGGACCUCAGCUCAGCGACAAGAAACGCAAGUUCGCCACCAAAUCCAAAAACAACAGCUGGGCACCCAAAUACAACGAGAGCUUCCAGUUCUCCCUGAGCGCGGACGCGGGCCCCGAGUGCUACGAGCUGCAGGUGUGCGUCAAGGACUACUGCUUCGCGCGCGAGGACCGGACGGUGGGGCUGGCGGUGCUGCAGCUGCGGGAGCUGGCCCAGCGCGGGAGCGCCGCGUGCUGGCUGCCGCUCGGCCGCCGCAUCCACAUGGACGACACGGGGCUCACGGUGCUGCGCAUCCUGUCGCAGCGCAGCAACGACGAGGUGGCCAAGGAGUUCGUGAAGCUCAAGUCGGACACGCGCUCGGCCGAGGAGGGCGGGGCCGCGCCCGCGCCCUAGCGCGAGUUAGGGUGGGGCGGGGCCUGGGAACCGACAAGGCCCCGCCCCGUAGGCCCCGCCCUCUCCAGAGGCCACGCCCCUCCACCUCAGUGGCCUUGG